AUGCAAUUAUGUCAUGUAACUGAAGAGGUGUUGAAAAAACAUCUCCGACAGUUUGUGUCUCAAAAUCCAGAAAAACGAGAAUUUCCAGUGCUGAGUUUUGUACUGGUGGAAAUUAUAGUACCGACGAAGUAUUCAACUGGAUUGCAAAUGCAGAUAGUUACUACCCCCGAUGUGCUUUCCAGUGUAAUAACAAGAAAGAAAUAUCUUGACUGGGUGGUACAGGAAACGCUGCAAAGUCUAAAGGAUACAGGUUGUGAGGUUUUAAGCAUCAAAGAAUUUGGAGACCUGCUGACGAACAUGCACUCCACACCAUCAGCAUAUGAACAAUACUAUUUCUGUAAGUUGUUAUCUGACAGUAACUAUGAAGAUGUAGAUAAACCACAUCCUGUAGAAAAUAUUACUAAGAGAAUAAAAACACUGUAUCCCAUAUCGAUGAAACCAUAUGUAAAAUUGCAUAUCUGGCUGAUUGUGCAUCACUGA